AUGGGUAUCCCGUUAUGGCGCGAGCCGCCAAAGUCGGACACCCUCAAGUCUCGCAUUGAGAUGGAUCCCUCUGUAUCUGCACGAUCUGCAAUCCGUCGUCAGGCUUCGGUUCGUCCCUCGCGCCAUGGCGCUCGGGCGCGUGGUGCUGCUACUGGUGUCUUAUCCUCCUUCCACUCUCAAAUCCUCGAUGAAAUCCAGCGCGGUAUAAGUGAGCCCCAGAUUGGGGUACGCUCUCCUGUUCUGAACCUAGGAAUUAGUGAGGAUGGGUUAGAUCUUGACGCGACUCGCCGCGAAGCUUUCGGCCGGAACAACGCGCGCUCGCAACCAAACCGCGGCCCAGACCCUUUGGCCCGACGUGCUAGAACGGCCCGGGAUCAAGCCCUUUUGUCCGAUCUUCUCAGUCGCACUGAUUCUCAAUCUCGAAAUAACGAGCGCCGUGCCAGCCCUUCUCUGACCCCAAACUUCGCGCCUGCCUCCCUAUACCGCACCACUAUCUCCCCCUACCUAUCUUCAGAUGGUAUUCGUCUUCCCCCUCUCCCUCCUCUCCGCCGCACCGAUAGUCGGAACCACGAUUCAGCAUCCUUUAUCCCCUCAUCUCUGCUACGAGACUAUCGCAAUGGCACUGUGUCGAGCAGAUCAAAUCGAGACUCUACCAUGGAUGGGCUUGGUGAUCGUCAGCGAAGCGUGAGCCCAGAUGGAGAGCGUGAGUACGAUGCAUGGGAAACUCUGCUCUCUACUCUCGCACCAGAUGCCAAUCUCCCCUCCACUACCACAUCCUUUUCAUCGACCACUGCCCCUACCACCGAUGCCUCCCUGAACAAUACUUCCCGAUACUCCGCUGCUUCCCAAACACUGCCACCUGUCCACAUGGCCUUAGAUCCUUAUCCGGACCAUCUUCACCCCUGUGACCUGAGCUCGUCAGACGAUGAGGAUACCCCUGUUAGCUACCACCGCAUUACUGCCCCGUCAGGUCUUCCGAUUUCGCUUCGUCGCUCUGCCGGGCUUCCCUCGACGACGAGCAGCCACCCGCCCAUCCCUAGCAUAUCCUUCUCCAUAUCCGACUCCGGCGAUACCGAUCUUCAGCAAAUGCAGGCCAUUCUGGAUCGACUUGCCCGUCGCGAGGAUAUCCCCGACGGCUGGUGGGCAGGUGCUGGUCUGUCGCGCAACAUGGGCCGCGGCCUCAGUACCGGCGCAAACCCCCACAACGACAACGAAGGCACCGAAUAA